AUUGUUAUCCUAAUUGCACUGUUUCUCUUCAGGUCCACGGGGAAAGAGUUUGCUCUGAAGAUCAUCGACAAAGCUCGAUGCAGGGGCAAGGAGCAUCUCAUCGAGAAUGAAGUAGCUGUUCUGCGGAGGGUGAAGCACCCCAACAUCAUCAUGCUGGUUGAGGAGAUGGACACGCCCUCUGAGCUCUGCCUGGUUAUGGAGCUGGUAAAGGGUGGAGAUUUAUUUGACUCCAUCACCUCUUCAGCCAAAUACACAGAGAGAGACGCUAGUAUGAUGGUCUCCAACCUGGCUGGAGCUCUGAAGUACCUGCACAGUAUGAACAUCGUCCACAGGGACAUUAAACCGGAGAACCUGCUGGUGUUUGAGCAUCACGAUGGCACCAAGUCACUGAAGCUGGGAGACUUCGGGCUGGCCACAGUGGUGGAGGGGCCGCUGUAUACCGUGUGUGGCACCCCCACGUAUGUGGCUCCAGAAAUCAUUGCCGAGACCGGGUACGGUCUGAAAGUGGAUAUCUGGGCAGCGGGGGUGAUCGCUUACAUCCUUCUGUGUGGCUUCCCCCCCUUUAGGAGGUACUUCCUUCCUUUUCUUCUGCUUUGUUUAAGCGUGUCCACAGAACCGCAGCAGCAGUUCAGCGUCAUGAGUUGUCGAGACAAUAAAAAAGCAACUUGA